UGAUGCAGGUACUUGGUAUCCUGUGGUCAGUCACCAUCUGAAGGUUGCCACUGUUGCGUUGAAGAGGACUGUGUGUGUAAACACAGGACGCUCCCUGUAAAAGACUCUCUACUGCUGCACCAUUAAGCAGAGAGAUAUAACCGUACCUCCCAUUCACAGGGAGGGCUUUAACCUGCAAGUAGAUUAUUUCUCAAAAGUUCGGUGAACGCUGAUAAUUUGUCAACAUGUCGCUAACCAGGGCCAGUUUCACUGUGCGCAGUAUUCUGAAUUUACCCGAUCAACAUGAAAUUGACAGUUUAGAUCACUGGGAUCAAGGAAGUGGCAAAGCGAUACAAUCUCCUGUCAUUAAGAGAGAAGCAGGCCAAAAAUCACGCCAUGAGUAUUCAAAAUUAUCAUUUUCGGGGUGGCUUGGCUCGGACAAGAUUUCCUCUGAUGAAAGCAGCACGGAAACAACUCCCGCCGAUUGUCAUCCAAGAAAAGGCUGUUCGUCCAUCAUGAAGAAUGAGAAGAAGAAGAAGAAACGACGAGUUCUGUUCUCCAAAGCACAAACAUUUGAGUUAGAACGAAGAUUCCAACAACAGCGUUACCUAUCCGCCCCUGAACGCGAACACUUCGCUCACCUUUUGAGCCUUACCCCAACUCAGGUGAAGAUCUGGUUCCAAAACCACAGGUAUAAAUUGAAGAGAGCCCGUGUAGAUGGCACCCUUCAGAUAGAUAUGAACCAGCCGCAACUGGUUCGCAGAGUGGCAGUGCCAGUGCUGGUCAGAGAUGGCAAGCCAUGUCACUCUUGUUCCAUUACCUCCGUACAUAUUCAGGAGAAGCCCGCCGACGCUCUUCAGCCUAAUCAUUCCUACACCGCUUUCACAGUUCACGGUUUUCAACAGGUACAGCACACUGGACCGUUUGGCGUCUUCCCCAGCUAUCAUCAUUUAACACAUCCUGGAAUACGGAGGCAACAGUGGAGCUGGUGAAUCAAGGACACUCUAAACUCAAAAUAAUUCCUGUUGUUACGCCAUGUAUAAAUAAUUGCUUACAUAGUUCAGUGAGUUUGCGAAUGGUCGAAUUUUCCGUUGUAGUCGUUUUUGUGGUAUGUUCUGCACGAAAGCUUUUCAAAGUCCUUUUCUAGAUUUUUCUUUUGACCACUUUUGGAAUGUAACUGACGUCUUCCUAUCGUACAUAACUCGUCGCCCAAAAGCAAUAUACCUGGUUCAUAAUUUCAUGGAUGUGA